UAAAUCAAAUCCAACUAUUCAACGCCCAAAUGCUUUAGCACAAAUCAGCAAUUGCAUCUAAAAAAUCCAUGAUCGAUCCAUCAUCAAACGCAAUCUCGAAGGUUUUCUACUAAUUCCUGCAAGUCUCGGAAGCUUAUUCAGCGAUUGAUGACCAUUGCGGAACCGAAGUGGCGGUGGAUUGAAGAGCGGAGCUGAAGAGAGCGAGCGAGAGGGGGUUUGUGAGAGUGAGAGAGAGAGAGAGAGAGAGAGAGAGAACACAUAUUGUAGGAUGGGGUGGGGUAGGGUGGUGUACGAGGGGGUGGUGGUGGUGGGGUCGCUGCUGCUGCUUGGAUGGGGCGGCUUGUGGUUCCUGAACCGCCGGCUUUACAAGGAGUAUGAGGAGAAACGGGUGCUGGUUCAGAUCAUAUUCAGUGUUGUUUUUGCAUUCUCUUGCAAUCUGUUCGAGCUCGUCCUGUUCGAGAUUAUUCCCAUUCUCUCGAAAGAGGCAAGGUGGAUGAAUUGGAAGGUGGAUUUGUUUUGUUUGAUAAUGUUGCUCGUUUUCAUGUUGCCCUACUAUCAUUGCUAUCUGAUGCUUUCGAACAGUGGUAUUAGAAAGGAGCGGGCCUCACUCGGUGCUGUUAUAUUCUUGUUGGUCUAUCUUUAUGGAUUUUGGCGACUGGGUAUUCAUUUUCCGAUGCCUUCACCGGAUAAAGGAUUCUUCACCAUGCCCCAGUUAGUGAGCAGGAUUGGGGUCAUUGGUGUGACUGUCAUGGCUAUACUUUCUGGUUUUGGAGCAGUCAAUUUACCCUACAGUUACCUUUCUCUCUUUAUUCGAGAAAUUGAGGAAACAGAGAUAAAGGGAAUCGAGAGGCAGUUGAUGCAGUCAAUAGAGACUUGCAUAUCCAAGAAGAAGAAGAUAAUUCUUUGUCAAAUGGAGAUAGAGCGAAAACAAGGGUCCGAAGAGAAAUCAAACAAUAGGUCCUUCCUAAAGCGAUUAGUUGGCACGGUUGUUCGCUCUGUACAGGAUGACCAAAAGGAGCAAGAUAUCAGAACCUUGGAAGCAGAGGUACAAGCUUUGGAGGAGCUCUCAAAGCAGCUAUUUCUGGAAAUCUAUGAGCUUCGCCAAGCUAAGGAAGCUGCAGCAUAUUCUCGAACCUGGAAGGGUCACAUGCAGAAUCUCUUAGGAUAUGUCUGUUCGAUAUAUUGUGUAUAUAAAAUGUUAAAGUCUUUGCAAAGUGUUGUGUUCAAGGAGGCUGGUUCCGUUGAUCCCGUUACUAGGACAAUCAGCAUCUUUCUGCAGUUUUUUGAUAUUGGCAUCAACGUAACUUUAUUAUCACAGUACGUUUCCCUUCUAUUCAUUGGGAUGAUGAUCGUCAUAUCUGUACGGGGAUUCUUAUCCAAUUUGAUGAAAUUCUUUUUUGCUGUUUCGAGAGUUGGGAGUGGAUCUUCAAGCAAUGUCGUCCUUUUCCUCUCUGAAAUAAUGGGAAUGUACUUCGUUUCUUCCAUAUUAUUAAUCAGGAAAAGCUUGGCCACCGAGUACAGGAUGAUCAUAACAGAUGUGUUGGGUGGUGACAUUCAGUUCGACUUCUACCAUCGUUGGUUCGACGCGAUAUUUGCAGCAAGUUCUUUCCUCUCUCUGGUUUUGCUAUCUGCUCAUUACACUUCCAAACAGGCUGACAAACACCCCAUUGAUUAAUUUGUAGUUAUAGUAUUAUUUUUUUAUUCCCAUUUUUUUAGAAAUUCCCAUGUGGGUUUGUGGAAGAGUGGUUACAUUUGAAAAUAGAAUGGUUGAAUUUGAAAAUAUUUACGUGCCACUUUGCACAUAUAGUGUUACUAUAUUUUUUGUAUUA